AUGUCAAAUGAUAAGCUUAUGAAUCUGAUUGGUGUAUUAGGUAUUCAGAAACCUAAGUUAAAUUUAGCAGGAAACUGGCCAUUUAAAACAUUGAAAAAUUUAGUUGAAGCCCGAUUACUUCGAGAGGAGAACGAAAGAAUUAAUAAGCUUCAUGACCUUCAGAGGGGCGCUGCUCUAAAAGCGGAAAUGGAGCGCCAAGAGCAGAUAAAUAGGCAACUUGAAGAGCUGACGAAGACAGAAAGACACCAGCGAGAAAUGAUUGAAAAACAGAAAAUGGAGCGAGAGGAGCAGGAAAGAACACAGCGCUUAAAGCAAAUUCGGGCUCAGACUUCCCAACCAGAAAUAUCGGAAUUGAGAAAAGAUGGUUCACGCAUUAUUGGCUCGGCUUUCGUGGUGGAAAAAGAGCCCGCCGUGACGACCCCAAAAUCGUCAAAGCUGGAAAAUGGAGAGUUAAAGGAGCGAGCAGAAGAGGUCCAUCAUUCACAAUGCGAGGCUAUUAGAACUUUUGCAAGAAUCUACGAAAUGCAAAAUCCGGGCGAGUGGGUGGAAAAAAAUUGUGCAUUUGCAAGGCAGUAUUUCCAGAAAACUACCUGCUUGGAGUUAAGGCAGCUGUUCGAUUCCUGUUUCUAA